AUGCCGGCGUUUUUAAAGCAUAUUGAAGUUGAAAACUUUAAGUCCUAUAAAGGGAAGCUGAUCAUCGGUCCCUUGAAAUCGUUCACUGCUGUUGUUGGACCUAAUGGCUCUGGAAAAUCUAAUUUUAUGGAUGCCAUCAGUUUUGUUAUGGGAGAGAAAACUAGUAGCUUGCGUGUCAAACGUUUUAGUGAACUUAUCCAUGGAGCUUCAAUAGGAAUGCCAGUUGCACGAAGUGCAUCUGUGACAGCUGUUUUUGAACUGGAAGAUGGUACUGAAAAAAGUUUUAUGCGCUCUGUUCAAGGUUCAUCCUCUGAACAUCGAAUAAACAGUAAUGUCGUUACAAGCCAGGUCUAUCUCAAUGAACUUGAGCAACUUGGAAUAAAUGUGAAAGCCAAGAAUUUCUUAGUAUUCCAAGGAGCUGUUGAAUCUAUUGCAAUGAAAAAUCCAAAGGAAAGGACAGCAUUAUUUGAAGAAAUUAGCAAUUCAGGUGCAUUGAAAGUGGAAUAUGAAAGAGCCAGAACCGAUAUGCUUCGUGCUGAAGAAGAAACUCAAUUUUCUUAUCAAAAAAAGAAAGGUAUAGCUGCUGAGAGAAAAGAGGCCAAACUGGAAAAAGAGGAAGCUGAAAAGUACCAACGAUUAAAAGAAGAAUAUGUAGAGAAACAAGUUGAACUACAGUUAUUCCGCCUAUUUCACAAUGAAAAAGACAUCGAAAAUUUAGAACUCGCUCAAAAGAAGAAGCAGCACGAAGUAGAGAAGAUUGAGAAAAAGCGCGAAAAAGCAGAAGAGUUAUUGAAGGAAAAGCGAAAGGAGGCUGGAGCGGCAUCCAGAGAGUUGGCCAAAAUUGAACAGGAUAUUAGAGAGGUAGAAGUGGAAAUCACAAAGAAGAGGCCGACAUUCAUCAAAGCUAAAGAACGCGUUGCUCACAUGCAAAAAAAAGUUGAAUCUGCACGGAAAUCCUUAGCUCAAGCACGCACUGCUGAUGAGGCUCACAAAAAGGAUAUCAAGGAGCUCCAGGAUGAGUUGCGCCAGGUAGAGCAAGCCAAAGCAGCGUAUGAGUCAAGUAUUGCUGGUCAAUCCCAGUUACAAGGCAGAGAUGUGCAGCUGGAAGAUGAGCAGGUACGUGAGUACAAUCGGCUGAAAGAAGAAGCAGGAAAACAGUCCGCCAGGUAUCUGCAACACCUAGAUUCCAUUAAUCGUGAGCAGAAAUCAGACCAGGACAGGCUUGAUAAUGAGGGUAGAAAGAAAACAGAAAUAGAAAACAAGCAUAAGCAAAAAGGUCAUAUGAGAGAUGAAGCAAUGAAGCGUGUGGAGAAGCUUGAGGAACAUAUCAAAACAUCUGAAGCUGCUCUCGAGGAUCAGAAGAAAUUAAGAGCUGAUCUACAGUCUGAUGUCGGCACAUCAAAGGAUAAAAUUCAGAACCUUCAACGUGAACUCGAGAGUAUUUCCGAACAGCUGGGAGAUGCAAAAGUAGAUAAGCAUGAAGUGUCGAGGACGAAGAAAAAAACUGAGAUAGUGGAGAAUUUCAAGCGCCUGUUCCCAGGAGUGUAUGAUCGGAUGUACAAUAUGUGUGAGCCUAUUCACAAGCGAUACAACGUUGCAAUUACAAAAGUUCUUGGCAAGUAUAUGGAAGCCAUAGUGGUUGAUACAGAAAAAACAGCCAGGCAGUGCAUUCAGUAUUUGAAAGAACAGUAUCUUGAGCCUGAAACUUUUUUACCACUUGAUUACAUCCAAGCGAAACCACUUAAAGAACGACUUCGUAACAUUCAAGAACCGAAAAAUGUAAAAUUGCUGUACGACGUACUUCAUUUUUCACCAAAGGAUAUAGACAGGGCAGUUUUAUUUGCAACUAACAAUGCUCUUGUGUGCGAAACUCCUGAAGAUGCUAAUAAAGUUGCCUAUGAGAUGGAUAAAAAAGCGAGAUAUGAUUGCGUUGCUCUUGAUGGUACUUUCUAUCAGAAGGCUGGUAUCAUUUCUGGAGGAAGUUUAGAUUUGGCCAAGAAAGCUAAAAGAUGGGACGAGAAGCAAAUGUCUCAAUUGAAAUCGCAGAAGGAAAAAUUGACCGAAGAGUUGAGAGAAUCGUUGAAGAAAUCUCGAAAAGAAUCUGAAUUGAACACAGUCGACUCUCAAAUUCGUGGUUUGGAAACUCGUCUUAAGUAUAACAAAAGCGACUUGGUUGCAACUAAAAAACAAAUUGAGGAACUCGAUGCUGAACUGGCCAGUCUUCAAAAUGAAUUAAAUAUGUUUGGGCCAACGAUAGCGGCGAUAGAGAAAACAAUGGCUGAACGUGAUCAGGAAAUUCAAAACAGUAAAGAAAAAAUGAAUAAUGUUGAGGAUGACGUGUUCAAGAGUUUCUGCGAACAAAUUGGUGUAACGAAUAUUCGCCAAUACGAAGAAAGAGAAUUAAGGUCUCAGCAAGAAAGAGCAAAGAAACGUAUGGAAUUCGAGAACCAAUGCAAUCGAAUCUACAAUCAGCUGGACUUUGAGAAGCAACGUGAUACAGAGAGUAAUGUUUUACGUUGGGAGAGAGCUGUACAGGAUGCCGAGGACAAAUUAGAAACAGCUCGUCAAACUGAGUCUCAACAAAAAGCUGAUAUUGACCACGAGGAAGCUCAGAUGGAAAAAUUGAAAUCUACUCGUAACAGGAAAAAGAUGGAAGUUGAUCAAAAAGAGGAAGAGAUAAGUAAAUGCAGACGCGAAGUCAGUGCGAUAACAAAAGAUAUCCAGGCGGUCCAAAAGCAACUAAAUGUUAUUGAGACAAAGAUCGAGCAAAGAAAAGCUGAAAGACAUGCUAUUUUGAUGCAAUGCAAGAUGGAAGAUGUUGCUAUCCCUAUGCUUCGUGGCAACAUGGAAGAUAUCGCAGGAGAAAACAGCAGCACUGUUACUAGCGAUAUGACCAUUCUUGACAGUAGUCUGAGCACUCAACAGCUGUACGAACGUGAAAGUCGUAUAACAAUUGAUUACGCAUUGUUACCUGAGAACUUGAAGGAUAUCGAAGAAGACGAUUUUAAGAAAAAUAGUGACAAAUUGAAUAAAACGAUUAAUGAUCUGCAGUGCACGAUUCAACGUAUACAGGCCCCCAAUAUGAAGGCAAUUCAAAAACUUUAUGCAGCUAAAGAGAAAUUGCACGAGACUAACGAGGAAUUUGAACAAUCUCGUAGAAAGGCAAAGAAAGCAAAGACUUGUUUCGAGAAAAUUAAAAAGGAAAGACAUGAUAGAUUCAUGGCUUGUUUCGAACACGUUGCUAAUGAAAUAGAUCCGAUUUAUAAGAGCUUGGCUAAAAAUCAGUCUGCUCAGGCAUUUCUUGGUCCUGAAAACCCUGAAGAGCCUUAUCUGGAUGGUAUUAAUUAUAACUGUGUAGCACCAGGAAAACGAUUCCAACCUAUGUCAAAUCUUUCUGGUGGUGAAAAGACAGUCGCUGCUUUGGCUCUGUUAUUUGCUAUACAUAGCUUCCAACCAGCACCGUUUUUCGUCCUGGAUGAAAUCGACGCCGCUCUGGAUAACACAAAUAUUGGAAAAGUCGCAAGUUAUAUUCGCGAUAAAACCAGCUCACUUCAGACUAUUGUUAUCUCAUUGAAAGAAGAAUUUUAUUCGCAUGCAGAUGCACUGAUUGGUAUUUGCCCAGAUGUCGGGGAUUGCUUGGAGAGCAAAGUAUUAACUGUUGAUUUGACGGCAUACCCUACGCACAUUAAUUAAAAUAAUCAUUAUUAUUACAUUUAUUUACUACUUGAGAUAAUAUUGUUUUUCUGGGAUACUUUAGGAAGGCAAUAUUUUUAUGAUUUUAAAUACUAAGCCCUGCCUUAUAUAUUAUAAGGGUAGUUUUAUAGACAUUUGGAGAAUCGAAAUUCCAUUAUCUUUUAUUAAUCACUUUAACAUCAUCAACUUUUUUUAAUAAUCUGGAAAAUAUAGUAAAUUCUACCGCGAGUGUAUUGCUUUUCUAAUAGCAAUAUACACGCAAUAAAUUCUAUCAUUAAUGAUAAUAAUCAAUUGACCAUCUUCGAAAAAUUGUUAAGAUGUAUCCCAUUAUUUUCCAAAUUUCAUUUUAAUACAUACCUUCUCUUAAUACGAAUACGAAUAAAACUGGUAAUCUAAUACGACAAAA